UACCUUUUCAAACUUCGACGUAGCCUCUGACACGUUCCCUGAGCCCCGAGAGCGAGGACAACCCUCACUAGCUCCGACUCGCUUCGAAGGGAGAAUACAUCAUGGACUCCCCACCCAAUUCCCGCAAGCCGAUCUGGGUCGUCGGUGAUCUCCUUUCGGCGGAGGCGCCCCAAAGAUAGGAUCCAGUCUCCCCUUGCUUUGUACAGGCAUCCUGUUGUUUGUUGAUCUGAUCUGCAUGGUUUUAUAUCGAUAGCUAGACCCACCUGAGUCAAAGGCGGUGUCAGAGGACGCGGGGGGCGGCCAUCCCCGGCGUGAUUACGGACCGCGUCUAAUCUCCGGGGAGAAGCGCAGGGAGGAGGCCCCUGCACCCUGAUGCCGAGGUGUGCCCUGAUUCCUUCCUGUCCAUCGCUCACCUCUCUACGCGCCCAUCAUGACCGAAAAGCUUGAAGGCUCGACUCUGCCCUCCAAUCAUCAACAGAUCAGUCGGCGCCACGCUUCUACCAGUCCAUGGCGGUGGAUCGCGACUUUGACCUCAUUCGCCUUUCUCGUUUGGGUCAACUGGCAACAUCUGACGCCUUACACAAGCCAGCACCCGCAUCCUCCACCUUCGACUCUCUCCUCUGCUCCAGAUGUCUGUCAGCAGCCGGCGCCAUGGAAUCCUCCUCAGCAUCUGACCUUGCCGGUUCGUGAUGCAAAGUACAUGGCCAAGGUUCUGUCUGGUGCCGUACAAGUAGACACAACGGUACUCGACGACUGGGGAGUCUUAUCUGCCAAUUCAAGCGAUGCCAUCAAGAAGCUCUACGACGAUGCCUUCCUCCCCUUUGAAGCCUACCUGAAGACGGCUUUCCCUUUGGUUCACGAGCACCUCAAAAAGGAGGUCGUAGACUCUCAUGGCCUUAUCUACACAUGGCAAGGAAGCGAUGAGAGCCUCAAGCCCCUCAUCCUCAUGGCUCAUCAGGACGUGGUCCCAGUCGAACCAUCAACGGCAGAUUCCUGGAAGCAUGCCCCUUUCUCUGGGUUCAUAGACGAGGAGAACAAUGUCGUGUGGGGCCGCGGAUCUUCAGACGACAAGUCGGGCCUGAUCGGGGUACUUACUGCUCUCGAGUCACUCUUAUCGCUCAAGGAUGGCGCCUUUGUUCCUCGCCGCACCAUUGUUGCGUCCUUUGGCUUCGAUGAGGAGUCAGCUGGGUCUGCUGCCGACGCUCUGGCCGCCUUCUUGGUCGAGCGAUAUGGUAAAGGUGGAGCUGAAUUGAUUCUCGAUGAAGGGGCCCAAAUCAUUGCCAAAGACACGCCCGUGGGAGAGGGGGGUCUCGGCAUUACCUUCGCCCCGCCAGCGACGGCAGAAAAAGGUUACAUGGACGUCAGAGUCAUUGUCAACACUCCUGGUGGCCACUCCUCAUUGCCACCUCCACGCACCGGUAUUGGCUAUCUUAGCCGUCUGGUGGCAGCCAUCGAGGAUAAUCCACCGCUGCCCACACUCGAUAGUGUUGACCAUCCCGCUCUGGCCACGCUGCUAUGCUUGCGACACUCGCCGGCAAUAAAGAAGCGGCGCAAAUUGUCAAAAGCCCUUGCAAAGCUGACCUCUCCCAAACUUUGCCCUCGCAAGGCCAAGACUGUCUUCAAGGAAGUGCUCGCAGCGUUGUCACCAGAUGAGCAGGCUGUGUUCAGGACGACACAGGCCGUGGACCUCAUCUCUGGGGGCGUCAAGAUCAACGCUCUUCCCGAGCGGUCUGUGGCCACGAUCAAUUUCCGCGUCGACGUCAACACCCCCUCUGACGACCUACGAGCUAGCCUUGGUCAGCUCGUGGAAAAGGAGAGUAAGAAGCUAGGCUUAGAGUACAAGGGGUGGAAGCUUCCCAAUGAUCAAAUGGUAGACCCAAGAGGCAAGCAUGAAAAAGACAAGAAGAAGCCAUACGUUGGCUCUGUUCACCUUGAGCUCACCUACGCUCCUCUGGAGGCCGCUCCUCGGACGCCAGUGUCUGGUGAAGACGCCAAUGCAUGGCGGCUGCUUAGUAGCGUUAUUCGGGCCACAUGGAAGGAUACCGACGGUAGCGAUAUUCCAGUGGUUCCCUCGAUGAUGAAUGGCAACACCGAUACGAAGAGCUACUGGGACCUCUCUCGCAACAUCUUCCGCUUCUCUGGCGGCACGGUUCUUUCGAAUCCCGCCACCCCGGACUCGGGCAUCCAUACAGUCAAUGAGAAUGUCCAGAUCGAGGGCUUAGUAAACGGGCAUGACUUCUACAGGAAUCUCAUUGUCGCAGUGCAGGGCGAGUAGAGCCUCGGCGUGGGGAGGCGAAGGAGUCUCACGUGGGAGCCAAUUGUGGGUGGGCGAGCAGGAAGCGGUAGCAGGCGAAUCUGCGAGGGCCAAUUGUGUGCUGAGUCUGAAGAUACAGCAAG